CAAAUAGUUAGCAUAGAUUUGCACCAAGUCGAAGAUUUCACGCUAAAGAAGUUAAACUCGUUAAAUUUUUUAUCUCAAGCAUACACACAAACAUUCCACUAACCACAGUGCCUACGUUAUUGUAAUGUCAUCAGUGUCAGUCGACGAGCUUCUCAAUGUCACCCUAGGAAAGAAACUAGGUGCUGGGACCUUUGGGUCAGUGCAUGUGGGGGUCUUGCCAAGUGGACGCUUCGUUGCGGUUAAAAUACUUGAGCUUUCUGAUGACGCACCAUCAAACACAGAAGUGGAAAUUCACCGCAAGUUAGUUCAUCCAAACAUUAUUCGUUACUUGCAUAGUCGGAUAGAUGCUGAAAGCACACCUAAGAAGCUGUAUGUUUACUUGGAGUUUGUUACUGGGGGUUCUGUCUCUUCGCUGAUGAAGAGCCUGCCACAGGGAUGUCUUCCGUAUUCGGUAGUACGCGUGUAUGCACGACACAUGUUUCUUGGAUUAGAGUACCUCCAUAGGAACCAAGUCGCGCAUCGCGAUAUCAAAGGUGAUAAUCUCCUCAUUUCUAUGGAUACAGGAGUUGCUAAGCUGGCAGAUUUUGAUCAGGCUAAGAUCAUGAGCACCCAUGAUACUUUGCGGAUGGCUGCCACAGCGACGUUGGCUGGGACACCAUACUGGAUGGCACCAGAAGUUAUUACGGAUGAGUCUGGGUACGACCCUUUCAAGGCAGAUAUUUGGUCAGCCGGAUGCACAGUUGCUGAGAUGUUAACGGGGAGGGCACCAUGGUUACCCAUGUCAAAUCUCAUGCAGGUGAUGAACAAGUUGGCCCUAUCAAUGGACUGGCCCGAUGCAGUGCCCAAGGACCCUGAAAAGUUGGGGUCUAAGGAUGCGUACGAUUUUUUAAACCAAUGCUUUUGUCGGGAUGCAGCCACUCGGCCAAUGGCCAGUGCGCUGUUGAAACACCCUUUCUUAAAUGUGUGAAGGAGGGGAAAAAUUCAUGGGGCAGGGUACUCUGUGCUUUGCAUGUCGUCUUUUUUUUAAAAAAUAUUUUUGUUAUCGUUUAUAUACUGUUGAAUCAGAUGCCUUGACUUAUUCAUUACAAUUUUUUUCUUUUUAAAUGUAGUAUCACUUAACCUUUGUGAUGAAUAUGGGAUGUUUAUGUUUAGCGUAUUUCAUCGUUUAUAGUGCAGCUCAGGCUUUUUACAUAGAAUAGUCGAUUUAAUAUUUGCUUAUAUAUAUGCGUCUUGGUUCAACCGUUUACUCAUCUUUUGUGCUCUUCUCAUCAUUGAUGUUUCAGUUGGGGGAAAAAAUAGGACAUGAAUCGUCAUCAAGUGUGGUAUGGAAAAAUGAAAAUUACUACA